AUGCCUAGAUUGAGCGGAAAGACUGUCCCUGUUCUUGACGAUAGUACAUCUGCCAGCAGCAGUCGAGACAGCUCCUCGCCGCACGGCGAUCAUUUUGACGACUCAUUAACCUCAGUGCAGCCUUCCCCAUCUGAGAGUGGGCAGAAUCAUACCCAUACGUUUGCCUGUGCAGAGUCUAUCAAUGGCGACUUGGUUCUAAACAACAAGUUUGCCACGGGUCAGGACUUUAGUCUGCAGUCGCUUCCCUCCGGAAUCAACCACUUUUCUGCCAAAGGCCUGCUGAGGUACUACGAUCAUAUCGUUGCUCCUAUGAUGACUUGGUACGACGGUCCAGAUAAUGAAUGGCGACUUAUCAUGAUUCCUCUUGCCUUACGAUCCCCACCGCUGCUUCUUGCGAUACUCGCUCUAACAGCAGAACACUAUGCGUGCAAGACUGGCCUGGCGUGGCCUUUCCCGGAUGGCAACACCUCUGCGACUCUCCGGGAACAGAGCCUAAAGAUCCUUGCUGAGCACCUUCGCGUGGAGAUGGCCAACAACAAUACGGCAGGAAACGAUGGCCGUGUUGCUGAGAUCCUUGGCACUACCAUUGUUCUAUGCAAUUUGGAAAUGAUCAACUCAGAAUCAGAACUGUGGCGCGUCCAUUGGAAGGCAGUGAGAACCAUUACCAGACGUUGGACCACCACAUCUCUCAUGUGUCACCCAGUUGACACCGAGUGUCGGACUUUGGUCGCUGAGGCUUUCUUUUACGAUGCUAUGGCCUCUUCUACUACGUUCGAUGGUGGUGAACCGAUUCCUGUUGAAGUAAUACACCCGGAUGACUUUGGUGUUCACGCAGAGCUGAUGCAGGUCAUGCAAGAGAUCACUCAGGCCGAGAGACAGCGUUUUAUGGGCAAUCUUGGUGUGAGAAACACGCCACUCCGGGACUUAGUGAGUCUGCAAGCACGCCUGCACCAAUGCCACGUACGAGAUGUCGAGCUCGCCAAAGUCAUGCACUUCCCUUUUCCGUCGGAGGAGCUUCGUGCCGACUUUAUAACCCUCAUCGACUUCUGGCACUUUGCGUGCACUCUCUACGGGAUGCAGGCCCUGAUGGAUCCGCAGCAAUCGAGACUACACCGGAAGGAUUACAUGUACAGAGGCUACGAAUGCUUCAAGCUGUUCAAAAACAAGCGACCAUUUCAGCAAGACGUCGUCUGGCCACUCUUCAUCAUUGGCGCUGAAGCAAAGGAUCAUGUGGACAUACAGGAUUUCACCCAGCGAGAGAUUGUUGAACUCAUGGAUGUCACUGGGUGGAGAAAUUGUACCAGGGCACUUGACUUCUUGAAACACUUCUGGGCAAAUGGCAGUACGACCGAUGGUAGCUGGAUUGAUCAUGCCAGAUUCCAGGCCUCACACGGCUUCUCCUUUCUUCUUGUUUGA